AUGUUACUUAGUGGCUUUGUGCUGCUGAGUUGUGUUGCCCUCCGAUCAACAUGGCAGCGGAGCCCUGGCUUUGCUAGCUCAGGGGCUGCAUCUUCGAUCCAGGGCGGAGCGAGGCAACACACGUCAACAUCGCGCGACAUGAUCAUGGAGAACAAGAUCGAUGACUCCAAACUAGUUCCGUCCUUCGAUGGCAAGUUAGAUCAGUACAGGGACUACAGGAAGAGAGCACUCCUGUACUUCAACAGCCUCGAGGACGCGAAGCAAAACCUUGCUGGGCCCAGGCUUAUCUCGAACCUUUCAGGCCCUGCCUUUGAAUGCUUCCGAGAACGCGACCCAGCAGACUUUCGCAACCCUCGAGGAGUUCUACAACUCCUUGCUAUCCUCGACGACAGAUUCCAGUUCAGUCCAGAACAAGAUCUAUCCGACCGCUUAGAAGAACUUUUCUUUCGACUUCGGCGGCGACGUGGAGAGGAGACCACGUCGUUCUCGACGAGGUUCGAAACCUUGAUGGCGAAGACCGAAGCACUUAUAACAGAAGAACAGCGAGCCGAAAGAAAGAAACAGCAGGACCUUCAGAGGGCAGAGUACCGACGGCAAUCCUUGGACUUCAUUGUUGCCAGGCAGGAGUACGAAGCGCUACUCACCACCCUGGCGGAUGGAGCUGACCGACCAGAAGCCCCUCGUCCACCAGUACCUCCACAGGAGAUGCCAACGGUCCAACCCUUCAGCUUCCCUGAGACCAUGAAGGGAUUCUUGUUCCUGCGGCACAUCGGUAUCAGUCUUCAGACACGGUCUUCGCUAUUGCGGUCUUCAGGGGGUUCACUUCGCUACGACAGGGUGUCGGACUUACUUCGCCGGACGGAGCUUGAUGCUUUAGUAGCUGCCCGUGCUCAGCCUCAAGGCCAGGGACAUGGCUUCAUGGCCGACGCGGCCACUGAGGACAACGAUGACGAUGACGAUUGGCCUGCGGAGGACGAGGUUGAGUAUGAUGAUUUCGGCGGCUAUGUCGAGGAAGAGGAGUCAGAAGAGAGCUUCGAGGACGAGCAAGAGGACGGAGCCGUGGACGAUGAGUACGACGCAGCAAUGGUGGGUUACCUGGAGGCCCGGCGCAAGUUCAUGGAUCUUCGACGCGCCAGGGGCUUCCAGGAACCGGAGCAGUCGUCCUCAACGGCCAAGGGCGCGUCCAAACAUCGGGAUCGCGAUCGCCGUGAUGAUCGCAGAGAGGGGCGAGGUAAGCCAACUGGUCCGAGCAGAAGGCCAGAUUUCUCUUGGCGCGAGCGUGAUCGGCGCAAGCCUGGACAACAGCAGCGAGGCCGGCGACCUGGGACGCCUCCUCCUACCAGAAAGAAGGGAACCGGUAAGACCAAGAACAGGGGCAAGGGUUCUCGAGCUGGUAGUAGCAGUCGCCGUGGGGAGCCGGCCGGCGCGCAGUACCUGGGCAUGGCCGUGAAUGCCGCGACAACUUCAUCUAUGACGGCCUCACCGCAUGAUUUUGUGCCCGAGUUUUCCUUUGCGGCCUUUCCAGUCUCAGUGCCGCCACCUCCGGGACUUGACGCAUCGUCCACUUCCUCGACUGGGGCCAGGCAGUGCGGCUUUGUUUCUCGCUUUGCACUAUCUUCAGUUGAGCAGUUUGCCGAGGAGUGCCUAGAACUAGAUCGGUCUUUAGGCCUCGUAUGUCCAGAGCAAGGCGAGGAACAGGCAUGUUGCUUGGUAACACCUCCGGGCUAUGCCAUUUUAGAUACCGGUUGUACUUCAACCUUGGUGGGCUCUGAAAACGAACGUUUGUGGAGAGCAGAGCUUGAGAAGAGGUUUGAGGGAAUUAAUGGCGAGACUCGGGCAUCGUAUCAAGUGAGGUACCCCGUUCGGAUAGGAAUGGGAGAGGUGAAGUUGAAGCUUAAUUCUGUAGGUCACUACAUGAUUCCACUCCUCGACUUCCCUGGCGAACAGUCUCCAAGUGACCGCGUUCCCAACGAUCACGCCCUUGCCUCAGCCGAGGUUGAGCCACCUGGUCUGAAGGUUGAGCUGAGGGACAAUGCAAGUUCUCCGGACCAGAGCGCCAGCGUAGAACACACUGUACCCAAGUACCAGUCGGCCUGGAGAGUCCGAGCAGCGCAGAUCGGUUACAGGGCCAAGGUCAUCCGUCGACCUCCGCCGCAACUGAAGGGUGGCUGGGUCACAGUUUUGUCUCUGGAUGACCAGAGCUUGAAAGUAGCCGUAGAAUGGACACGCUGUGAGGAUUGUGUUGGCCAACAGCACCUCUUGCACCUGGGCAGUGUGAUGAUGCGUGUGAGCAGCCUGAAGAUUUCUUUAGUUGUGACUCUGAUUCGUCCGCCCUUGACGCACAGCACACCGACAAUCAUGCCGUGCAAAUGCCUCAGCGGGCCGGAUUCCGAGCAGAUGCCACAGUACGCUCAUUGCGGCUCCCACUUCAUCGAAUCAUUCGGCAAUGCCACGGGGACAACGUGGCACUGCACAGUGUGUCGAGCCAAGUGCCGAGAGUGCAAGGGCAGAGUGGCACGUUGGAUCAAGAGCACCAACAAGAUCGAGUACAGCCAUCGGAAGGAUUGCGCUGCAACUCCAGUGCCGGGACCUUCCGGAAUUACGUUGUUAGCAGACGGCGACUUGGUCCGAGUGAGCGACGCAGAUGCUACCAUCGACAAGCAUGGGAAGGUGCCGUAUCCCUUCAACGUGCGGCAGGUAGCACUCUUCACAGAGAAACUGCAGGCGCUGAAGGAAGCGGAGAAUGGGCGAACCGACAUUCCCCCGGGACCGUUUUCUUUGACAUCACAGAAGGAGACGAAACCGGAGAUCAAGGAGAUCAAGGGGACGGUUUCUGCCGGGAGGAUGACGGUUGGCACCGCUGGCAUGGCAGCGUCCUCGGAGGGUUCGAGGGGAUAUCCGACGGUUCAGCAUCGUCCGCAGAUCGAGCCACACACCCUCGACGACGUGACCAAGGUGCAACAAACUGUCCGGGACAUGUUGGCCAGGGAGUAUCAGACAUUCCCAACAUCGACAGCAACGGACGUUCCGAUGGCUGCAACAAAGUCUAUCCCGGAUCAAGUCAAGGAUCUGGAGGAACAGGCCGCGGCACUCAUCGCUCAGGUGCCCGAUCAGCGCAAUCACUCCGGAGUGGUUCGGUACGAUCCAGAUGUGGACGGAUUCUCCUUGCCACAGGCCUGGAAGGCGGCGCCCAAGGAGGGAUCGCUAUUCGGUUGGGUCAUGCUUGGGGGCAAGAGUUGCAUAGCAAGGUUGGAUGACCGAGCUGACCUCCAGCUUUUGUUCGAUGCCAUUGAGUAUCAGGUAACCGAUCCAGAUUUGCAGAAGCAGUUGAACGCAUUGCAGACCACACUUGCACGCGUAUUGGGAGAGUGGUUCUAUGUGGAUCAUUGCAGCGAGCUGCAGGGUACCCGCAGGUUCGCAGUUAUCUGCAGCGUCUUCAUGUUGGGCUCGGCCAUUGCGGCAAGGGCGAGCUUUUGCAACAUUUGCGCGAUGCAGGCUCCUCCCACCAUGGCGGAGUCAGAUGAGGAUUUAGAGCUACUUUCCGAGACAGCGAAGGUCCAGGCCACGCGGCCUCGGCCGUACAAGGGACCUUACUACAGGGGCCAGGCCGUGUUGGUUUACAGGACACAGCUGCCUUUACUUGAGAAUGCGGCGAAGCCAGAUUUUCAGGAGUCCAAGACCUCGCGAGGCACAGACAUUCGGAGCGAGAGGCCCACAUCCGCAGAACUGGAGGCUUCAUAUGAUGAGCCGGAGGGGCGAGUCGUCAUAGAAAGCUUGCGUGAAGAGGCUGAGUAUGAGCCACGUCCUCAGGCUCCUCCGACUCCAGGUCCGAGUACUCCAGUUCCAGGGACACCUGCUGGAACACCACGUCCAGGCGUAGAGACUUUGGAGGCUCCUGUAGUACCAGUGAGCCUUGCUCCACCAGAGGGCGGAGACCUCACUCCAGCUCCACCAGUAGUUCCUGUAGAGACAGCUGUCGAAAGCACAAAGCGGGGGGACAAGCGUCCUCACGACACCAGUGACACAGACGAGAUGUCACAUCUCAGGGCUCUACGUGGGCCAGAUCAAUCCCAGUCUUCUGGCAAUGUGGGAACUGCCACUCCUGCUACGACAGUUCUCACAGGUGCCGAGCAGGAGCAUUACAUUGACAGUCUGAAGGAAGUACCCCUCAAGUCUUUGAGAGACGGCGUGCUGGAUCGAGAUGGCCAAACACUUUUCUGGUCCCAGUUAG